AUGGCUUCUGAAACCACCAGACACCACCAUCAUUCAUCAUCUUCAUCAACUUCUCCUUACACCUAUGAUGCUUUCCUAAGCUUUAGAACCAAAGAUACUCGAAAAAACUUCACCGAUCAUCUCUACACGGCCUUGACUCGAUCUAGACUCGAGACCUUUAGGCACGAUUAUGAGCUACCAAUAGGCAACGACAUAACUUCAGAAACACGAAAAGCUAUCCAACAAUCUAAGGUUUCUAUCAUUGUAUUCUCGAGAAACUAUGGUUCUUCCUACCGGUGCCUUGAUGAACUGGUGAACAUAAUGGACCGCAAGGACUCGAAUGGGCAGGUGGUUAUUCCGGUUUACUAUCACAUUGAUCAGGCUGGAGUGCGUGAACAAACUGGGACUUUCGGUCGUGGUUUUGAUAGAAUUGUGGAGGAUCUUGAUGUGGAUGUUAAUAAGGUGGAAAGAUGGCGGGUUGCAGUGGCUCAAGCUGCAAAUUUAUCGGGAUGGGAUUUGCAAAAUAUGGCGAAUGGGCACGAAGCAAAGUUUAUCAAAGAAAUUGUCUGGCAUGUUCACAAGACAGUAAAGCAUACGAGACUACAUGUAGCCAAAUACCCAGUGGGAUUGGAAUCUCGUAUUGAAGAUUUAACUUCACUAGUGAAGAUCGAAUCAAACGAGGUGCGAUUUGUUGGAAUCUAUGGCAUGGGAGGCAUAGGCAAAACAACCAUAGCAAAGGCUUUCUACAAUUCGGCCUUCCAUUUAUUCGAAGGCAGCUGCUUCCUAGCAAAUAUCAGAGAAGUUUCUGAACAACCCAAUGGUCUAGUUCAUCUACAGGAGCAACUUCUUUCUGAAAUACUCAUGGGACAGAAACUAAAGGUUGCAAAUGACCACACAGGAAUCACUUUUCUUAAAGAAAAGUUGUGUCAUAAAAGGGUUCUCAUUAUUCUUGAUGAUUUAGAUCAAUUGAGUCAAUUGGAGAAACUAGCAGGACAACAAGAUUGGUUUGGUGCAGGAAGUAGGAUCAUUAUAACAACAAGAGAUGAGAACUUUCUAAGCCAAGCUAAAGUUGAUGACAAAUAUGUUGUCAAAGAGUUAAAUGACGAUGAGUCUAUGAGGCUUUUUAGCUGGCAUGCCUUUCAAAAACCCGAGCCUCUGGAGAACUAUCGGGUCCUUUCAAAUGGGAUUGUACAUUAUACUAGAGGUCUACCGUUAGCUCUAGAGGUCUUAGGUGCUUCUUUGCUUGGCCGAACCACAAGGGAAUUUUGGGUAGGUACUCUAGAAAAAUUGAGACAAAUUCCUCCAAACCAGGUGUUAAAAAAGCUUAGGAUAAGCUUUGAUACUCUAGACGAUGAUAAAAUAAAGGAUAUUUUCCUUGAUAUAGCAUGUUUUUUCAUUGGAAUGGAUAAAGAUUAUGCUACUGAUAUAUUUGAAGGUUGUGGUUUCUUUCCUGGAGUUGGGAUUAGUAUCUUGAUUGACAGAUGUUUACUGAAAAUCGGGCAAAGCAAUAAGCUUCGAAUGCAUGAUCUAGUGAGGGAUAUGGGAAGAGAAGUUGUCAAAGGAAAAUUUCCUUUCGAACCUGGGAAGCGCAGCCGGCUUUGGUUUCAUGAAGAUGCAUCUGAUGUUCUAUCAAAAGAAGAGGGUUCAAAAGCAGUUGAAGGCCUUGUCCUGAACCUACCAAGGCCAAUGCAUCUGAACACCAAAGCAUUUGCAGUCAUGCAAAAGUUAAGGUUGCUCCAAAUCAACAAUGUCCACCUCCAUGGAAGCUUUCAAGGUUUAUUCUCAGAGUUAAGGUGGCUGUGUUGGCAUCACUGCCCAUUGGAACAUUUGCCAUCCAAUUUGCAUCUUAGAAAACUAGUUGCUCUUGAUAUGCAGCACAGUAAUCUCAGAACGUGGAAUGGUAUAAAGUUUCUAACAAACUUGAAGAGCCUAAAUCUUAGCAACUCAAAAUUCCUAAGAACUACCCCAGACUUCAGUGGAGUACCAAAACUUGAUGAAUUGUCACUUAGAUUUUGUUCGGGUUUGAUAGAGCUUGACCCAUCAAUUGGGCAUCUGGGCAAGUUGACCGAGUUGAAUUUGGGACACUGUGAGAACCUAAAAAGUCUUCCAAAAAGCAUUUGUGGUCUAAGUUUACUUGAACGGUUAUAUCUUGAUGAAUGCUCAAAUUUAGAGAAAUUACCUGAAGAAGUGGGGAAGAUAGAAUCUUUACAGGAGCUUUAUGCUACUGGAACUGCAAUCACACAAUUACCUGAUUCAAUCGGACUUCUAAAGAAACUUAAACAAGUUUCUUUAGCGCAG